CUGACUCUUGCAUCACACGUUCAAAAUAAGACAUCUUUGCGUCACGGCGACGCUCCCGAUGACGAAGGGAUCCACUCCACUCCUCCUAUCUUCUCCAACUGUCUCAUCAGGACCACAGGGAGGAGAUGCGCGCAACUUGGCAGCUCUGUCGCACAGACCGCUCAGUUGACACUAAAGCGGAGAAAAGCGUCGGUUCCUGAAGUGUUUGGAGUUGCGCAUCCCUUAUGUCGCGAAAGCAGGCGGACCAUGAUUACAACCUCCGGAGUAUGAGCAACCUGAUGGGCGAGCGCUGGAGGAAAGCGAGCGACGGAGGGGAGCGGAGUCUCAUCAAGGCUCCGUCCAACGCCAGCGUCAGCAGCCUGCAGGUGGCCGCAUCCUCUGCGUCCUCCGCCUCCUCCGCGGGCGCCCCGGGACCCUCCUCCGCCUCCACCGGCGACCUGGAGAGGGCUGCGCGCAAGCAGUUCAUGCAGGAUGUCACGCCGGGCUUUGUCUACGUCCUGUCCGCCUUCUCCGCCCUGGGGGGGUUCUUGUUCGGCUACGACACCGGGGUGAUCUCCGGGGCCAUGCUGCUGCUCAAGAGGCAGAUGGAGCUGAGCGCCUUGUGGCAGGAGGUGCUCAUCUCAAGUACUGUGGCAGCGGCCGCCGUCGCCGCCCUCCUUGGCGCCUUCCUCAAUGGGCUCUUCGGGCGCAGGGUGUGCAUCCUGCUGGCCAGCUUCUUCUUCACCGUCGGCGGCAUCGUGCUGAGCACCGCGCCCGGAAAAGAGGUGCUCCUGGCGGGGCGGCUCGUCGUUGGAGUGGGACUCGGCAUCGCCUCGAUGACAGUGCCCGUGUACAUCGCCGAGGCCUCGCCGCCUCACCUGCGCGGUCAGCUGGUGACCGUGAACACCCUCUUCAUUACCGGCGGACAGUUCACCGCCAGCCUCGUGGACGGCGCCUUCAGCUACCUGCAGCAUGACGGAUGGAGGUACAUGCUGGGCCUGUCAGUGCUCCCCGCUGUGCUCCAGUUUGUGGGGUUCCUCUUCCUGCCCGAGAGCCCUCGCUGGCUGAUCCAGCGCGGGCUGACCCAGAAGGCCCGACGCGUCCUCAGCCAGAUACGAGGCAACCAGAACAUCGACGAGGAGUACGACGGCAUCAAGAACAGCAUUGAGGAGGAGGAGAAGGACGGCGGAGGAGAUGGCCCGGUGAUUUGGCGCAUGCUGACCUACCCCCCCACGCGGCGAGCACUCCUGGUGGGCUGCGGCCUCCAGAUGUUCCAGCAGCUCUCCGGAAUCAACACAGUCAUGUACUACAGCGCCACCAUCCUGCAGAUGUCGGGCGUGCGGGAUGACCGGCUCGCCAUCUGGCUGGCGGGACUCACCACCCUCACCAACUUCCUGUUCACUCUACUAGGGGUGUGGCUUGUGGAGAGAGUGGGCCGGCGGAGGCUCACCCUGGGCAGCAUCGUCGGCACGUGUCUCGGCUUGUGUUUGCUGGCGGUGGGCUUCCUGCUGUCAGCCCAGCACAGUCCUCCUGUCACCUUCCACCCGUUAGACCCCUCCAUGCCCAACUCGACUUGCCUCAAGUAUCAGCUGUGCGAGCCGUGCAUGCUGGACCCCGCCUGCGGCUUCUGCUACCGCGAGAACGGCUCGGCGCUGCUCACCUCCUCCUGCGUGCCGGUCAAUCGGGCCUCCGCAGAGCAGGCGGCGUGGGGCAGGUGUUCGAAUUCCAGCCAUAUGAGACGGCACACUUACUGGGCCUACAACUACUGCCCCACCUCCUUCUCAUGGCUCGUCUUACUGGGAUUGAUGUUCUACUUGGCUGCUUUCGCGCCUGGAAUGGGUCCUAUGCCGUGGACCAUUAAUUCUGAAAUCUACCCGUUGUGGGCGAGGAGCACGGGCAACGCCUGUGCAGCCGGCGUCAACUGGACUUUCAACGUCCUGGUCUCGCUCACCUUCCUCCACUUGGCCCAGUACUUCACCUAUUACGGGGCGUUCUUCCUCUACUCCGGCAUGGCCUUCCUGGGCUUCGUCUUCGUCUACGGCUGCCUGCCCGAGACAAAAGCUCGCCGCCUGGAGGAGAUCGAGGCGCUCUUCGAGAACCAACUGUGCUCGUGCGGCGCGUCCGAUUCGGACGAGGCGCGCCAGGUGGAAUACAUCCGGGUCAAGGGGUCAAACUACCAUCUAUCGGACAACGACGCAUCCGACGUAGAUUAAACGCCCGGCGCUUAUGUUGGGGUGCUCUUGAUUUGUUUUAACUGUGAGCCGCGAGCCUCUGGUUGACCUUGUGAAUGUUUUGAAUCCACGCCAAAUUUGGAGACAAAUUUCAAGUUCAACUUGAACAAAUAGUCGUCGCAAUUGGCCCACAUUGAAGGCUAACAUAAAUCUCGGAUGCAUUAGGAUUCGUCGUGUCGCUCAGGGGUGGGCAAAGUAUGGCCUGCAAUAUUUAUCAUUUGUUAAUUAAGCAUAAUUAAACGAUCAUAAAUUCAAUUUAAAGAAUAAGAAUGAUUGAAAUGUUUUCCAUUUUUUUUUCGGAGUCAGUUUAAAAAAAUCUAAUGUGACCCUCUUAAGCACACAGGUUUUCCCACUCCUGAUUAAGCUAUAGUUUUAAUGAGCAGGCAGCCACUAAAUUUACAUAAAGGAUGUCGCAUAGCAACUCUCGUUGUCUUUUUAUUUUGAGUAACUCACAGCUUCUAUUUUUACAGAGAUGUGAAAGUGAUAGUGAGAGUGGGCAGCUGAAAAUGACAAAACUAGUAGCACUGAACACGCUGCUUCUUUGGAGCUCAUUUCUUCUCCUUGGUGUCAUUUCAUUUGCCUUGAAUGGCAGCAGGCAGUCGAACCUCAUUUCCAAGUGCAGUAGUUCAUCUGACAUUGAAGAUAAUCGUUGUGCCUGUGUUUCGUGACGAUGCCUCGUGGGCCGGCCUCAGUCCAGAAGUUCUGUAAGAUCCUUAUUUUGUUUUUUAGUUGUGAUUUUUCUUUCCUGUCUUCCACCACUGCCUUAUGUACAAAUGGAUCAAAUUCAUGUGAUCCUCGUGCCAUGAUGAUCGGUGGGUAAAAUUUGGCCGUUUCUGUUGUAAAGUGUGAGAGUCCACCUGUUUUUAUGGUUAACUUGAUGUGCUUAUGUAGGAAAAGAAAACUGUACGUAAUUAUUCAAUUCGAAUGUAUCGCACAUAAAUGUUAGAUUCAUCGUACCUAACUAAAUAUUUGAAAACAAACGGUUCUUAAAAAUUAAAUGCAAAUGUAUUGAACUUAAAAGUUAAAUACAACUGAACUGCACUUAACAAAUGUCCUGUACUGGAUUUAAAUUAUUAUUAUUUUUAAAGACAAUAUGCAGUUUGAACAUUUGUUAAUUUACAAUACCACUAGAGGGAGCUAGCGUACCCCUAAUGGAGGAUAGUACAGUAUUUACUAAUACAAGUGUUGAAUACAGUUAUGAACAGCUCUAUUUCAAGUCUCAUUUAAACAGGGAAUCACAAUAAGUACACCUGCACAAUCUUAUGGUAUCCAUGCAUCAACAGAUUUAUUAGUUUGCAGUAAUGAACAACUGGAUCAUACUGAGAUGUGUCAAGAAACAAUUCCAGCGACUGUAUAUCAAAGAGUGGGAACAACUUAUAAAUAUGCGAAACAUAUUCUCCCUUGUCAUUCAGUUACCCAAAUUCUGUCAUUACUUGUACUUCGUUUAUAGUGGGGAGUGACAUUCCCUUCAAAAUGUGUUACGUGGUUGAAAAAAAACAACAAAAAAAAGAUAAUUUUGUACUUCAGCAGGUUCAAGUUCCAUUUCCAGGCUGUGCAAUUGGUGACCAAAUAUUUGCGGUGAUUGUUUCAGGCUGCACUUUGUCACGGUGUGUCGUGUUAGCCUUUUAGCAGUCGUGUUAACACUGUCCACUCACCGAACAGUUGUUGUGUACUGGAGUGUUCCACGUGCAUUUCUACACUUUUCGACCAGGUCGAGAAAGACAGAUAGAGUGAUGUAUAGCAUAUGUAAUUGUCUAAGCUGUCAAAUGUUUUGCUAGAGUUUAUAUUCUAUUCCAAAGAAUAUCUUUGAGUGUGUGCGUAUAGGGCGAAAAGAAAUAAAGCAGUGAAUCAGUAA